CAUUACGCUGUCGUACUCUGAUGGAUCGUACACAACAAAGGGCCCCCUCUCUGUGGGAAGGAGGAAACGUCAAAGCCCACUCACCACCACAACUGUCCCAACGACCACGGCGCUUUUCCGAAGAUCAAUUGCUCCUUUGAGCAAACUCCCCCUGCAGUUCACAGUUUAUGUGGACUCUGCUGCCCCUUCAUGCACUGAUGGUGAUUACUUUCCCAUUUUCAUGGCACCAACUCCAAUUAAUGGAGCAAAUCUUCCGGCGUUUGUCAACCAGACAAUCAACAUCAAAGUCAGAUCCAGAACACAAAACGCCACGAUUUAUGGCCUGAUUGUCACUGGACCGAAGGGAAUUUCCAAAUCCAAAAUCUCCACAGAGGAAUACGUCAUAAAAUGGAAGCCGACUGAAAAUGAAGUGAAUGAUCAUUUCCCUAUUUGCUUUAUUUCUGAAGCAAGGGACAGAAACGGCAGAGGUUAUCAGUCAGAGCUACGCUGUGUAACUGUUGAUGUUGGACGCCAUGACACCACCGUGACAUGCAGUGAAACAACGAUGAAGGUGGAGGUGGAGAAGACGUACCUCAUCAGACGCUUCGAGGACAGCUUGCAUCUCAACGACUUCCAGGAUUCUUCCUGCAACCUGACAACACGUUCCAACUCAACCCACCUGGUGGCCGUCAUGUCGCUGAACACAUGUGGAACCCUGAUUGAUGAGGAUGGCGAUAACAUCAUCUUCAAGAACGAGAUCACCUCUGCUGACACAAAUGGAGUCAUUUCCAGACAACAUGACGUCGAGAUCGCCUUCUCGUGUGCCUAUCCCAAGGUCACCAACCUAACCCUGGGAUUCACGCACAAAAACCCGUACGCCUUCACAGAGAAAGGCUUCGGUGCGUUCACCUUCCAGUUUGAAUUCUUUGAGAGCGAGCGGUUCAGAACACAAGUCACCAGCAGCACUUACCCAGUGGAGGUGUACCUCAAACAGAUGAUGUUCAUGCAGAUUGAGGCGACCACCUCCAUCCCCAGCACAGAGCUGUUCGUGGAGUCCUGCAGGGCCACUCCCUACGACAAUCCCAACUCUCGCAUCAGCUACACCAUCAUCCAAAAUGGGUGUGUGAAGGACAACACAGUGCAGAUCUACCCCAGCUCCAGGACUCAGUUCAGAUUUGGAAUGGAAGCUUUCGAGUUCAUCGGUGCUCAUGAACAGGUGUACAUCACCUGCUCAGUCAUCCUGUGUGAGUCUGGUGUUUCUGGAACCAGGUGCUCUCAGGGAUGUGUCACAGGCAACAAUCGCCGCAAAAGAGAAGCUGUGGCCGAGACUUCGAGCCACUUCAUUUCCCAGGGUCCUUUGCACCUGGUUAAAACUUCUGACAGCCAAGCAUCAGGUCUGAGCCUGAACAUGGGCUUGAACAUCGUCUUCAUUGUCGGCUGCCUCCUGGCAUGCGGCGUGGUGAUCUACCGCUCGAGGAGGUCCAACGCUAAAUACCAACCGCUGCCAACCUCCGAGACGGACUGAAGACCGAGAAGCCAUUUUGAUUCACAACAGUCUGUGUGUUUCUGUCUCUUCUGAGGGGUUUUAUUGAUGGUUUGAAUCAUUGUCACACAAUCCACAGUUUGAAAAAGUUACUUCCAUCGGUUGAGACAACGUGAAGCACAUAGUGUGUGGAUGAGUCUGUACAGAUGUUACUCAGCACCUCAGCUGCUCUGAAAACUGGAGAUUUAAGGGAAACAUUGUCAUCACUUGAUAUGAGUUUGAGUAUACUGAUUACAUGUUUUAAGGGUAAGGCUAAACACAUGGCUAAUGUAUAUUCUCUUCACUUAAACCUCAUGUCAGUAAUCAUUUUAAGAAUAUAUCAUAUCUAUAGAAGUUCGUAGAAAGGUGCAGGAUAAAGGUCUCAACAUUAUUAUGAUUUUGAAAUGUCUGUUGGGUCAAAUAUGUCGGGUCAGAAUUCUUACAGUUGUUUCCAGCUGUCAGACAGUAGUGUAACGCUGUUGGUCCCACCUGCUAUCUGUGUUUCGUCAGCGAUCAAGAGUCUUAGGAGUUGCCAGUUUGUGGAAGAAAACACACACACAUGUCCUUCAGUGUGCGCUCAGCGUGCUGUGCUGCCUCUUGCUAGCGAUAGCAUCACUGACUAACAUUUGCACACACUGGCAGCCACUCGAGGAGGCAAACGAUUCGACAACAGCAGUGUUGUAACAUGAUGUGAUUGAAGGGGGAGAUGGACUGUCAGCAAAAACACAUUUAAUGAUAAAGUUUUUUCAUAUAUGUUUGUAGAGCUGCGAUAGCUAUUUGAUUAACUAUUUAGUGGAUCAAAUGAAAAUGUAUUGGGAACUUUUCUUUUUUUCUUUUUGUAUUUUGGACUUUUUGGAUUACAGUUGACCUAAUUAAAGUCC